AAUCCUUUGGUUUUUAUUGUGAAUGCAUGUUGACGGUGCGCAGGUAACUUUCACCUGUAAAUGGAUAGCUGCACUGAAAUAAAGAAAAUGAUUUUUAUUUCAAUUUUAGAUCACAUAUAACAUAACAUAUGGCGUAUACGAGAAGGAUGGGUAGUAGGAGUACUUCUAAAAGGCUGCCUAGACAUCUUAGAAAUGAGGACAUACCUCGUGAUACAUUCACACCUAGGACAUACCAGGUGGAGUUACUGGACUCGGCCUUGGAAAGAAACACUGUGGUAUGUAUGGGGUCAUCCACUGGCCGUAUGUUUAUAGCUGUCAUGCUGAUGAAAGAGAUGGCUGAAGAUAUACGUAAGCCUCUGACAGAAGAUGGCAAAAGGACUUUCUUCAUUGUAGAUACAGAUGACAAUGUAAGAUAUAGGAAUGUGGCGGUACAGCAUCAGGUCAAUUUUACGGUUAAGGCCUACACUGAAGAAGAUGGUAUCUCGGAAUGGUCAAAUGAAACAUGGCGGUCAGAAAUCACAAGGUCAGAGGCAUUCAUACUAACUGGAACAGAAUUUCUUCGCUUACUUAAAGAAGGCAUAGUUACUAUGGAAAUAAUAAAUCUUCUCGUUCUCGAUAACUGUCAUUUAGUAUUAAAACCCCACCCCUACAUAGAUAUAAUGGAAAUAUACAAGUCCGCAAAUGAAAGUCAUAGGCCUCGUAUUCUUGGUCUGACCUCCAAUAUACUGGACGGAAAGUUUCAGAAUCCUGAACUUCUUAGCAAUCUCAUUGACUCCUUGGAAAAGUCCCUGCUGUCUGUGGCUGAAACCUCUUCAUUGGUUAUACCAGAGCGAUAUGGAAUUAAGCCGACAGAAAGGAUAAUUGAAUGUAAUGACUAUGAAGACACUACUGGUUUGAAUGUAGAAUUGUACAAUAUACUUGAAAAUGCAAUAGAAUUUCUUGAAGAAUGCAAUAUUGUGAUAAAUGAGGAUCUGGAUAAUCGAGACCCGUGCUUGAUCGCAAAAGCUGCUUUGAUUGAAUGCCAUAAUAUUUUGUCACAGCUCGGUCCCUGGUGUGCAGCAUGUCUUGCGGAUCUGCUUGUCACACAAAUUGAAAAGAUUGAAAAACAGAAAGAGUUUGUGCCAAUGCAUAAAAAGUUUCUGAAAAUCGGUGCUACAAAUUUACGCAUGGUGUCAAAAGUGUUUGAAGAGCAUUUUAAACAGUGUGAAUAUUCCUUGGACGAUCUAUUAACAUACACCACUCCGAAAGUAGCGGAGCUGAUGGAUUCACUUCGAAAGUACAAGCCACAGACUGAUUUUGUUAUCAUUAGUGAAGAUUUGGAUAGUGACGGUGAAGUAAACCUUGGUAGUGAUACUGACAUGUCCGAUGAUUCUGAUUUCUCAGAGAAUGAUGAAGAAGAUGAUGGGGGAAAUAGGUCACCAAGCUCAAAACAAAUACAUGUCGCAAUAAAAAAAGUGAGUCCUGAAGAUGAAAACAAAUCUGAUCCGUUUUCGCUGGAAGAGGAGAGGAACUUGUGUGGUAUAGUGUUUGUUAAUCACCAACACGAGGCUUACGCACUGAAUAAAUUCAUCGAAGAGGCGUGUGCCUGGGACGAAGGACUUUGUUUUGUGAAAAGCAGUCAUUUGACGGGAAAUAAAUCCACAAAGAAAGAAAAGUUGUACAAGAAACAGGAAGAUACUUUGAGAAAGUUUCGAAUGCAGGAACUGAAUCUGCUGGUGUCAACAAAUGUUCUGGAGGAAGGUGUUGACGUUCCAAAGUGUAACUUUGUAGUGAGAUUUGACGUACCGAAGACAUACAAAUCAUACAGUCAUUCAAAGGGGCGUGCUAGAUCGAGGGAUGCAGAAUAUAUUAUACUGAUAGAAGGAGAACAUUAUGAUCAGUUUAUGUCAGAGCUUAAAACCUAUCAUCAAAUAGAAAAGGUAUUGAUUAGAAGAAGUGGGAGAAUACCAGAAAAAGAGGCCAGCCAGGACUCUGGGUGUGAAAGUGACACACUAGUGGAGCCAUUUAUACCGGCAGGAGGCUGGAGUGAUGUCAAGGUGACACUUGACUCUUCCAUUAUGCUAGUAAAUAGGUACUGUGCAAAGCUUCCCAGUGAUGCCUUUACUCAUCUAACACCAGCUUGUACAGUCACAGAGACCGAACAAGAUGGAAAGAAAAUGUUCAUAGCUUCCCUCAGACUUCCCAUAAACUCUCCAGUGAAGGAGAUAGUUCAGGGAGUUCCAAUGGGAACAAAACUGAAAGCAAAACAAGCUGUGGCAUUAAAGAUGUGUAAGAUUCUUCAUAAACAAGGAGAGUUAGAUGACAAUUUGAUGCCAGUAGGUAAGGAAAUGUUCGAGAGAGAUGAAGAUGAUGAUAUCUGGGAUGAGGAGGAGGACCAGCUUGGUGAGGCUAGGCCGGGAACCACCAAACGUAAACAGUAUUAUUGUAAAAAGGUAGCUACAGCAUUACAGCAGACGGUGCCAGUAGAGGAUACGGCAUGUUACUUGUAUAUUAUAGACAUGGUACUGACAGGGCCCAUCACUGAGGAUCAAAAUACCCGGGGCAGAAAACUAAAUGCUCCUGAAGAUACUCCUAGAUGCUUUGGAAUAUUGACAACUAAAACUAUACCAUUGGUGCCUAUGUUCCCAGUGUUUACAAGAUCAGGGGAGGUCACUGUAUCUAUAAACAUUCUGUCAAGGGAAGUAGCUCUGAAGAAAGAAGAACUGGAUAAACUGAAGAUAUUCCACAUGUUUCUGUUCUCUAAUGUUUUGAGACUGGAGAAAGAUCCGAUGGAUUUCUUCCCAGACUGUAGUACCAUGGGUUUUCUUGUUGUUCCAUUGAACAAAGAAGAUGGUGUUGAUGCAAUACACGUAGACUGGCAAUUCACGGAGAAAGUUGUAGAGGCCAGUAAUAAUCCAUUAAAACGUCAACCAGAAGAAGAAUUUGUGUUUCAUGCAGAGGAUUUCGAGGAUGCCGUUGUUAUGCCGUCCUAUAGAAACAUUGAUCAACCCCAGUAUUUCUAUGUGGCAGAAAUCAGAUCUGAUUUAAACCCUGUAUCGCCAUUCCCAUCACCUGAACUUUAUAAAACAUUCAAAGAUUACUACUCCGCCAAGUAUGGGCUAAAAAUUACAAACACCGAGCAGCCUUUGUUAGAUGUAGAUCACACGUCUGCCAGAUUAAAUCUACUCAUUCCCAGGUACAUGAACCAGAAAGGAGUACCUCUUCCUACCAGCAGUGCCGAGACGAAAAAGGCGAGGCGCGAAAAUCUGCAACAGAAACAGAUUUUGGUGCCAGAACUGUGUGAUAUUCAUGUAUUUCUAGCCUCACUUUGGAGGAAAGCUGUCUGCUUGCCGGCGAUCUUGUAUCGUGUCAAUUACCUUCUGCUUGGUGAAGAGAUAAGGAAGCAUAUCGCCACAGAAACGAAAAUUGGAAUCUCAGAAUUGCCAGUGGAUUACAGGUUUCCGAAGUUAGAUUUUGGAAUUGACACUAGUCCAGAGCAUCUUAAACCAUUAACUGACAAUACAGACACAAAUUUCAAAACAGUUGAUGAUGAAGCAAAGGAAUCUGAAAAUGAGGAGGAAUGGAAUGCCAGAGAUCUGGCGCAAAAUGAUAAUAAAGAUGAUGUUAUAAAUUUGAAUGGUUCAAAAGAAAAGGAGAAAAAUGACAAUCAAGUAACUGAAACAGCUGAAGGGAUAGACAGCAAAUCAGAAACAUGUAUAUGUGGGUUGGGUGUAAAUAAUAUCAGUGCUAAGACUGACACUGAUGAUAAAUCUAUAGACACAUUAACUGUAGAUAUAGGAGAAAAGUGCAAUUUAAAGAAUCUAGAAGAUAGUUCUGAUAAGGACCAAGGCCUCACUAGAUCUCAUGAUGAAAUUACAAGGUGCAAUAAAUGUUCAAAAAGUGCCAUAGACAUUACUGAAGCAGACUGUGAUAGUGUGUGUGAAACAGCUAAUAAAUUAGACACAUUCCAAACUGUUAAAGAAGACUCUGUUUUUAAAGCUGAUUGUAAAACUGCUGCAGGUGAGGAGAUUAGAAAAGAUAACAUAUCAGAGAGUCUUGAUCCUGAAUCGAAAAUUGAAGAUGAAUGCCAUGAAAAGCAAUCUAUGUUAAAUGGACUUGUCAAUGAUGGGAAAACAAGAGUCAGUGAUCAAACUUUGAGAGAAAAUGAUAAAUGUUUGGGUAAUGAGAUGAAUGAAAAGCUUUGUAAGAACAGGUUAAAUGGGUUAAAUGGUUUAAUUGAUUCAGCCAAACCAAAAAUAGAAAAUGGUGCAAUUGAAACAGAAUGCAGAACUACUGAAAUCUCUUGUGACACAGUAAAAACUCAAAUAGUCAAAGAUGAAUCCCUGGACACUUCUAUCCUCUAUUAUCUUUCUCUUGGUCUUGAGUUCCCCAAUCAGCUAAGAUACAUGUAUCCCGUUAAUUUUGAAAUCGCUGAAGAAGUUGAUGUAUUUGCUAAUAUAGAGAAGUUUGUAAUAGAAAAGAAAGAGACUGACGCUGAAGAGGAAACUUGUCCAGAGCCGUUGAUAUCUCUAGAUGAAGAUAUGGAUCUCUCAACGUUCAUUGGACCAAGUCCGUGCGAGAUACUUCAAGCAUUAACUAUGUCAAAUGCCAAUGACUUCUUCAGUCUGGAAAGACUGGAAACCAUUGGCGAUUCUUUUCUCAAAUAUGCAAUAACUGUGUACCUGUAUUGCUCAUAUCCAGGAAUCCAUGAAGGCAAGCUGAGUUACCUUAGAAGUAAGCAAGUUAGUAAUUAUAACCUUUAUCGGUUAGGAAAGAGAAAAGGUCUUGCUGAAUGUAUGAUCUCAACCAAGUUUGAACCCUACGAGAACUGGCUCCCUCCAGGGUAUGUUAUCAAUGACGAUAAAAGGAAAGGGCCGGUACCUAAAGUUUAUGUCGCUCCUUUAUCAAUUCAUAAGACUGCUUCCACUGUUUUCUCAAGUCAGAAGUUAUUUGACACUCAAAAUGGUAUCAGUGAUGAUUUGAAAAGGAAAAAUUCUGAAGUAGACCUGGAGCUGAAGAAAUUUCUCACAGAGCUGGAUGAAGCAGAUCAGAUCUCAAAGGCGAAAGAUGAGGAGUUUCUGAAAGGUGAUAAAAGUGAAGUUCAGCUGAGUUUUAUUCCCUACAGCUUACAGUUACAUCACUGUCUACCUGAUAAAAGUAUUGCUGACUGUAUGGAGGCUCUGAUUGGUUGUUACCUGACAUCAUGUGACAAAAUGGCCGCCUUGCGUCUGAUGUCAUGGAUGGGUCUGAAAGUUCUACCCAAGAAGAAACGAAUUGAAGGAGAAAAUGUUGAGCUGAAUGAUGUAGAGUUUGAUAGCCUGUCUUGUCCGUUGUCACCAUUUCUGAGAACAUCUCCUGAUGCUGACAACAUCUUACAUGACUUGCUCGAUGGAUACAAGGGGUUCGAGAAGAAGAUUGGGUACACAUUCUGUGAUAGAUCUUACCUACUGCAGGCCUUUACACACGCUUCAUAUCACUUUAACACAGUCACAGACUGUUAUCAAAGAUUAGAAUUUCUCGGGGAUGCAGUUCUGGACUAUGUGAUAACACGUCAUUUGUACGAGGACUCCGACAAGUACAGUCCUGGUGUACUGACCGACUUGAGGUCGGCCCUUGUCAACAACAACAUUUUCGCCGCUCUAGCUGUCAAGUGGGACUUUCACAAGUAUUUCAAGGCUAUCUCGCCAUCAUUGUUUCAUGUUAUAGAGAAGUUUGUGUCAAGACAGAAAGAAAAAGAGGAUGAGAUUGAUGAUGAAAAUGACGAGACAGAUGAGGACCAUGAGAAGGAACAUGUAGAGUUAGAGGUACCUAAAGCUCUCGGUGAUAUAUUUGAGUCAGUCGCUGGAGCUAUAUAUCUAGACAGUAAAAUGUCACUGGACACGGUAUGGAGGGUGUUUUACAGAAUCAUGAAACCACAGAUUGAUAAGUAUUUGAAGAAUAUACCGAAGUCUCCAGUGAGGGAACUGUUAGAACAAGAGCCUGAGACAGCCAAGUUUGAGAAACCAGAGAGAACAAUGGAUGGUAAGAUACGUGUGACGGUAAAUGUCGUCGGUAAGGGCGUGUUUACCGGAGUUGGCCGGAACUAUCGUAUAGCCAAAAGUGCUGCAGCGAAGAAAGCUCUGCGAUGUAUUAAAACCCUUGAACAGCAGGGACUUAUAUGAAUUAUAUAGAUUAUACGAGGAUAAGUUUUGUAAUGGAGUGCUAAUGAAAUACACAGUUUUUGUGUCGUUUAGAAACGUAUGACAAAAUGAACAUAUAUUGUUGUUGUUUUUUGUUUUAUCAAGUGUGAUGUUUUUUGUUUUUUUGAUAAUAUAUAUGUUUGAUAGAAUGUAAUGAAAUGUGCUCGGACAAUAUGUUGUAUUUUUGUGAAAUAACAAUAAAUCUAUUUAUAAAGAUUUCACUAAGACUUUCUACAUUGUAUUUUUUUGAAGGCUUUUUUCCAGCCGUAUUAAUAUUUUGAAUAGUUAAAAGCAUUUUGCUGCAAGAUUUAUUAACAGUUUAAAGCAUCACACCUCCAAAUUUGUUCUGUCACGAAAAAUCAGAAAUUGUUCUUAAAUUUAAAUACAUUGUCAAGUGUACAAAUAAUGGGUGAUAACCUAGUUUUAGGGACAGGGAAUUCACAAAAAUAACUUAUUUUGUCAAAUUAUGUCAAAAUAACACUUAUUCUGUAAGUAACUAUGCAGAAAAAAAAUUUAGAACAUGAGAUAUUUUGUUUUAAACAGUUUUGUAUGUAUAUUUUGAAGUAUGAACAUAAAAUUUUGUGCAAUGAAAAUGUUUUGUAAUUGAGAUGUUUGAAUAUUAUAUUCUAUUUCUUUUAUAACAAAAAUACCUAUAUUAUCAACUGAUGAAAUAUAUACAUUCAGAUCUAUUUUUAGGUAUUUCACACUAGUCAUUACUUAAAAAAUAUGCUUUGGCGUUAUUUUCGUAACAUCAUAUUAAUCCAUGCUUGAGCGAGUGAAUCAACCAAUGCUACAAGUGGAGAAUAAGAUUGUCUUUUCUUUGGUAAUUCAAGUUUUUUCUUUGCUGCAUAGUGAAAUAUUUUAAUUUAAUCUAUUUUGAUAAUGAAAUCAUUUAAAAUCACAAUGGAAUGUUCCAAAUUCAAAACAGUAAAAGCCCAUUUCUCUAUUUCAGGGUUAAGUUUUUAAAUAGCAUAUCAAUGUUUAUAUUUACAGUACAAUAUUUUUUAUGAUAUUUAUGCAAGAGCAUGUGCUAUAUUUAUAUUCCAUUUACAAAUUUGAAACCAUCAUACCAAUGCAACUAGUUUGGAGUCAGGUCAGCCUACACAUUUAUAGAGGGUGAAUGCACCUUUUUCUAUGUAUUGAUAUCUGCAAACACACAAGGGCGCAUUUAAAACCAAAGCCUAUAUGACGGUGGUUUUGAUAAGUCUGAGGGACUUUGCAGAUGCUUAUGCAGAAAAAUGGUGCAUCAGCACAAUUGUUGCAUAAAAGAUAUAGGCCUAGUUUGGUAAUUCAACAUUUCGUUAUUUGUUUAGUAAAGAAAAGGUGUUGUCAUGCUUUUGUGAUUUGACAGUUAUGUUUUGAUAAUGAAAUUACCAGGGUGGUCAUGGCAGUAAGCUAUUUUUAACAUGGGGUCCCGAUUCAUGCUUAUUGAAAAAAAUGUGCAUGCAUAAUUUUAUCUGUUAAUGCAUGUUUUCUUCUCUGUUAAUGUUUACCUACAUACCUUUCAAAAAUGCUGAUUGUCAAAACUCUAGAAUCUUCGCUGUACAAAAUUACAAUUUCAUGCCAAAAACUCCCGAAAUUUACAAUAAACCAGUUUAAAUUCAAUGCAAGACAAUCCUAUGGUACGAAAUUACUUGUCAAAGGUGUUUGUGUAUUAAAAGAAUUUAUAGAAGAAACCACAAGUAUGUUUUUUUUCUUUGCCAUCGCAAAUUCAUGAAUCCACGAAAUGAUAUGGAAAUGGAUUUUUCAUGAAAUAAAGAUCACGCAAAUACAUGUAUAGUGAUUUACAGUUGUGUUGACUAAUCAACUUCACAUUUUCAUCUUAAUAUCCCCAAAAUUAAAAAUGGACAAAUCCAAAAAUGAAAACUGGACUAGUCCUUUCUUUAAAUUUUAGCAUGUAUAGGGUUUUUUGUGAUUAAUGUAAAUUGACAGAUUUUAUUAUUAUUGACAGCUUAAUGCAGUGGUGAUAAUUUUGAAUUUAAAGAAAGUUGGUUAUGAAUAAGGUAAAAUUUAGGAUAAACAGUGACUUUGUUGCUUCAUUAGUAUUUAAAUUAGUACAAUUAUAUUAUCUACUGUUUGAUAUUUGUGCCAUCUAAUUUUCAUGUGGCAAGGUGUAAAGAUAUAGAGUUGAAAACUCAACAAACAUGACUUGGUAGAGAUUUUGUACUUUCAUACUUCCAAACAUUCAUACUUUCAAUUUCUUCCCCCCAGCCACAUGAAAAACGAUAGAUGGCACUGAUUCUCCACCAUAUGAUGUUUUCUUAUUUAUUUACUAACUGUGCUAAAUGUAUGCUGGAAAUACAAAUAUAAUAUGUGUUACAUAUUGUUAUCACCGUCCUUAGUACCGGUACUUUGCAAAAUAUAAGUGAAGAUUUAUUUCACUCAAAAUUUUUAGCAAAUAUGAAUUGAAUACAUGUAUUAUUUUACUCAAAAUAUUUGGCAAAUAUGAGUGAAAUAAUAUUUCACUCAAAAUAUUUUACAAAUAUGAGAGAAGUAUUAUUUCAUUCAAAUAUUUUACAAAUAUGAGUGAAGUAUUAUUUCAAUCAAGAUAUUUAACACAUUAGUAAAGUAUUAUUUCUGUCAAAAUAUUUAACAAAUAUGAGUGAAGUAUUAAUUCACUCAAAAUAUUUAACAAAUAUGAGUGCAGUAUUAUUUCAGUCAAAAUAUUAAACAUAAUAAGUGAAGUACUAGUAUUUUGUUUCAUUCAAAUUAUAAGGUGAAUAAAAAUUAUUCCAUGAAUGUAUUUUGUCUGAUUUGAAAUAAAAUAGGUAUAUGAUACUUAACAA